AUGAUGAAAAAAAUUGGAGUCUUUGGCCUCACGGAGGAUGAAUUUCCCCAGUUAGUAACGGAGCAAAACUACCCGUAUUACAAUGGUUUUGUGUACGGCUGGAAAGCUGCUUUGGGGCCGUCCCACUAUAUCCAGGAAGAAGAGGAUCUGAUAAUGGAAGGCCGCCAGCUCGUCCUCGUCGUGGCUCUCUUCGCUGUAGCCUUCGCUGCCGAAGAAGCCCGUGGUAAGAGAGGAGUCUUCUAUGGUGGAUACGGUGCCUACCCAUACUCUUCCUACGGAUACCACGGUUUGGGUUACUCUGGUCUUGGUUACUCCGGCUUGGGCUACGGAUAUGGUCUUGGCUACCACAGUGCCGGCUACUCUGGUCUUGGAUACCACGGUCUUGGCUACUCCUACCUCCACUAAACAGACUAAAACAAGUCCAAUAACUGACCUACCCCAAACCCAAAUCUGAUGCACCAUCGGAUAUCAACUUCACAGACUAUUCUCAAUACAAUUUGUAAAUAUAUGUUUAUAAGUAUUGUAUACUCUCAAUAAAAGCUGU